UCUAUUCCGUUCGCUGGACAGAAUCAUGGCAGAUACCUAUUCCCCCAGUGACUACGAUAUUCUUAGAGUGAGGCAAAGAACUGGGGGCCUCAGCGAGAUUCUGUUUAACUUCAAAGGAUUCGAAUUCAGGCUGUGCGACGUGGAUGGACAUUGCCUGGUCAAGAAGAAAUGGCUACAGAACUUCGAGAACGUGUCAGCUAUCAUUUUUACAGUAGCCCUGAGUUCCUAUGACGUCAAAAGCAAGGAUCAUGACAAG